GAAUCCAUUUGUCUGUAAAAGCAGCCUCCUGAUCAACAACUUCGAUGCCACGAGAUCACGCAUGCAUGUAAGCUGAAAUAAGCCCAACAAAAUAAAUACAACAAACCCCAAAGCACAAGCACAAGAACAAGCUAUUUCGUUUCAUCGUAACAGAGAAGUAUCAUACAGCCAGCAGUCCUUCUACAAAAUGCUAGACGCAAUAAGCAUCAUCAUCUCAUUAUUCUCCUCUCUCGUCUACCCAUCUCUCCUUUCCCAACCCAGCCCGCCAUGCCGCUACCUCCCAAGCGAUCCCCUAUGGCCCAGCCAAACAGCAUGGGAACACUUGAACCAAAGCAUAUCCAGAAAACUGAUCCGUGGCGUUCCUCUAGCCCAGCCCUGUUAUGCACCUCACCCAGACAUUAAAAAAUGCGUUCAGAUCCAAGAAUCCUGGCUCUUCCAAUCCGCAUUGUGCGUAGCACACUCCGACUCAAGAGAAACCUUCAUGCGAUCAAGAAAGCUAAUGUGACUAGUGAGACGGAUCCCGUUAAUAUCAUGUCGCCCUACUGGCUUAACAACUCUUGCUCUCCGUUUCUGGGAUCAAAUACGAGCAGCAUCUGUGCGCUAGGAAACCUUGCUUCUUUCGCUCUAAACGUCAGUUCCGCCUCGGACGUUAUUGCUGCGCUCAAAUUCGCACGGGAAAACAACAUCAGACUUACUAUCAAGAAUACCGGCCACGAUUUUCUCGGACGCUCAACAGGCGCCGGUUCGUUAGCUUUAUGGAUGCACAAUCUAAAAGAUAUAAAUUUUCUCAACUACAGUAGCUCUUUAUAUACAGGACCUGCUGUGCACAUAGGUGCUGGAGUUCAAUAUGCUGAUUUAUACCCCCUAGCCCAAAAACACGGGUAUCGAGCCGUGGGCGGUUCGUGUUCCGGCGUCGGGUUGACAGGAGGUUACACGCAGGGUGGGGGCCACGGACCACUUAUAGGUGCCUAUGGAGUAGCUGCCGACCAAGUACUAGAAUGGGAAGUUGUGACUGCCACAGGACAGCAUCUACUCGUUUCACCCACACACCAUGCGGAUUUGUACUGGGCAUUGAGUGGAGGUGGAGGUGGAAAUUUCGCUGUAGUGCUUUCGAUGAAGGUUCGAGUCUAUGAUGAUGGUCCUGUGGCGGGUGCGGCCUUCUCUUUCGAAAAUGCUAACAGUACUGCGUAUUGGAUUGCUGUUGGUGCUUGGUUACAAACUUUACUUCAGAUGGAUUCUAUUAAAGAUCUUACCACAGUCUCGACAAUUACAGCCGAGAGGUUUUUGCUGAACUUCGCUUUAUUACCCGACGUCACCACAACGGCGAUAAUCGACACUGCGUUAAAACCAUUUUUCAACAGGCUGGAGGACCUAGAUAUCACCUUGGACAACGGCUAUGCCGCUGAAGUCCAUGUUAACUUUGCCGAGUCUUACGAUCACUGGGUCUCACAAGCAGAGACUAGCAAUACCUCGAUAGGCGGACGAAAUAUUCCACGCUCUACAGUGCAAGAUAACGCCACUCUGCCUGCACUCAUUUCCGCUUUUCACGAUAUCACGGAUGAAGGAGGAACUAUCUUCCUGACUGCGGCAAAUAUUACUCAUGGAAACUAUACUCCUAACGCCGUACUUCCAACUUGGCGUGAUGCCUUGUUCGCCGUGGCAUUCUUGAAACCGUUAGCCGAAAACGCUGAACUUCAUGAUAUCCGUAACACUCAAGCACAAUUGAAUAGUUGGCAAGAAAAGUUGCGAGCUGUCACGCCUGGAGGAGGCUCAUAUGCUAACGAAGCGACAUGGAACAAUCCGUAUUGGAAAUAUGAUUAUUAUGGGUCAAAUUAUAAGUCAUUAUUAGAGGUGAAGAAGAAAUAUGACCCGGAGUUUUUGUUUUGGGCAAAUGCAGCAGUUGGUAGCGAUUUAUAUUGGAAGCUUGAUGGGAACGGGGCAUUGUGCCGUAUAUGAUGCAGGAAAGAGAUUUAAGAAAGUAUUAUUUCGGGUCGUUUAUCCGUCAAAAGCAUGAUUGAAUAUCAACAUCUUACA